AUGUCACAUGUAAUAACAAGUCUGGUUUUCAUGCUAUUCUUUUCUGCAUUUGGAACAGCGGAGGAUGAAGUCCCUUUCUGUCAGAUACGAGGGAGUCCAGAGUUUCCUAUGCUGUCUAAAGAGGGAGAUGUCAUGAUUGGAGGAGCCUUUUCCAUCCACAGUAAAAUCACGCAGCCUCCGCUUUCAUUUACAGAGAAACCAACACGUCUCAAAUGUUCCAGGGUCAACCUCAGAGAGUUUCGAUUUGCCCAGACCAUGAUUUUCGCAAUUGAGGAAAUUAACAGAAGUGAAUUUCUUCUUCCCAAUGUUUCUAUUGGAUACCGUAUUUAUGACAACUGUGCCUCAACAUUAUCCUCAAUGCGUGCAGCCAUGGCUCUGAUGAACAGUGAUGAGCUGAGUUCAGGAAAAAGCUGCUCUGGUCAAUCAGCUGUUCAUGCUAUCAUUGGAGAAUCUGAAUCUACUUCAACCAUUGUGCUGUCACGCACUACUGGACCAUUCAAAAUACCAGUGAUAAGUCAUUCAGCUACUUGUGAGUGUUUGAGCAACAGAAAGGAGUAUCCUUCUUUUUUUCGAACAAUUGCGAGUGAUCUCUACCAAGGUAGGGUACUCGCCCACAUGGUCAAGGUCUAUGGCUGGACUUGGGUCGGGGCCGUCAACAGCGACAGUGACUAUGGCAACAAUGGCAUGGCCAUCUUCCUUGCUGCAGCGCAGGAGGAAGGAGUGUGUGUGGAGUAUACAGAGAAAUUUCACAGGGCAGAACCAGAAAAAGUAAUGAAAGUGGUAGACGUGAUCAGAAAGAGCACUGCCCGGGUCAUUGUUGGUUUCAUGGCCCACGUAGAGAUGGACGAGCUUCUACAUCAGUUGAGUCUACACAACAUCACAGGCCUGCAGUUUAUUGGUGUGGAGGCCUGGAUCACUGCUAACAGCCUGGUGACUCCCACCAGCUUCAGUGUGCUGGGAGGCUCACUGGGUUUUGCUGUGCCAAAGACCACUAUCAGUGGUUUGGAUGACUUCAUAAUCAGAGAUUUCUGGGAGACAGUUUUUGAUUGCAAGGAGACGGAAAGCAAUACCACAUCUGAAAAAACGCAUUGUAGAGAUAAACAGGAUCUAAUUGAGUUUAAAGAUUAUGAUGAUGAUGUGGCAGAGCUGAGAUAUCCCAUCAACAUCUACAAAGCCAUCUAUGCUGUGGCCCAUUCUCUGCACAGCAUCCUAAAGUGCUCUAAAAGUCAGGGCUGUGACAAGAAUGUAAAGGUUUCUCCCUGGCAGAUGGUGGAGUCUUUGAAGCAGGUGAAUUUUACAAUUAAAACUGGGGACCAGGUUUGGUUUGACAGCACUGGAGCAGUUGUGGCUCAGUAUGAGGUGGUGAACUGGCAGCGUGGAUCAGACGGCUCUGUCCAGUUUAAACCUGUUGGCUACUAUGAUGCCUCUCUGCCUCCUGGACAGAACUUUGUCCUCAAGAAUGAAGAUAUAAUUUGGAAUGGAGGAAAAACAGAGUUGCCCGUGUCGGUGUGCAGUAAGAGCUGUCAUCCGGGAACUUAUAAAGUCCUUCAGAAAGGAAAGCCAGUCUGCUGCUAUGACUGUAUACCAUGUGCAGAUGGAGAAAUCAGCAACAUCACAGAUUCUAAUGACUGCAAAAAGUGUCCUGAAGAGUAUUGGUCCAAUCAAAACAGAGAUGCAUGUAUACUGAAAAAUGUCGAGUUCCUCUACUUCACUGAGGUUAUGGGUAUAAUACUUGUAUUUUUCACAUUGUUUGGUGUACUGUUUACUUUAAUUGUGGCCAUUCUUUUCUUGAUCAAUAAGGACACUCCCUUGGUGAAGGCCAACAACUCUGAGCUGAGCUUCCUGCUGCUCUUCUCCUUGACUCUGUGUUUCCUAUGUUCUUUGACUUUCAUAGGUCCGCCCUCUGACGGGUCCUGCAUGCUGCGACACACAGCAUUUGGCAUCACCUUUGUCCUCUGUAUCUCUUGUGUUCUUGGUAAAACGUUAGUGGUGUUAAUGGCCUUUAGAGCUACACUCCCAGGCAGUAAUGUGAUGAAAUGGUUUGGGCCUGCACAGCAGAGACUCAGUGUUCUGGGUUUUACUCUAAUACAGGUUUUAAUUUGCAUACUCUGGCUGACAAUUAACCCUCCCUUUCCCUUCAAAAACAUGAAACUCUAUAAAGAAAAGAUUAUUCUAGAGUGUGCUCUUGGAUCACCUGUCGGGUUCUGGGCUGUGCUAGGAUACAUAGGACUCCUCGCCUUCUUAUGUUUUGUACUUGCUUUCUUGGCCAGAAAGUUACCUGAUAACUUCAAUGAAGCUAAAUUUAUCACCUUCAGCAUGCUGAUAUUCUGUGCAGUCUGGAUCACCUUUAUCCCAGCAUAUGUCAGCUCUCCUGGGAAGUUCACUGUAGCUGUGGAGAUAUUUGCUAUUUUAGCCUCCAGUUAUGGGCUACUUUUCUGUAUAUUUGCACCAAAGUGCUUUAUUAUUGUAUUCAAACCUGAACUGAACACAAGAAAACAUCUCAUGGGGAAAACCGGGUCUGAUUAA